UGCAGGGUGAGUGGAGGCAAAACUGAUAUCAAAUGAGGGUAUCAAACUGAUAUCUGGAUGUUCCGUUUAAGUUGCUGCUCCUUUUCAUUAGCCCCACCAGGGGUGAAGAGCUUGUCAUGGAAACAUCCUCUUAGCAUUUGUUUUCGAUGGAUUUAAAAUUUUCUCCAUAAAGACUGAGUGCUAUAGUGGAUAUAAAUGCAGGGGGUUUCAUUACGCUCUUUUUAUUAUUUACUAAUCAGACUUCAGCUCAGGCAGAUAAAAGAGAGAGGUUCUGUUGCCUAGAAGUCAGGCCGUUAAUGAGGAUGGGAGCCCCCAGGGAGCCGAAAUCCAAAGUAGAACGGUGCUGCUUUCCGGUUUCUUGCCAUUUCUUCAGUUGCUUCUUCUCCCUUUUCCAAUGGGCCUAGGGAGCAGGAACUAUCCAAGGUACUAGAAGGCCGACAGCUUUGCCGUUCAAUGCAGACGGAUUGCAGAAGCAGAGGAAAAAGAUUACUGCUUAUUUCAGAAGAAUAUAAUCAAAUGAAGUACCUUAGCCAGCCUGGUGAUUGCUUCGGGUCUUGUAAUCAUCUGUGUAGCAAAGUGGGUAAAAUCAUUCAAUUUCUUCUCUGCUGGACCUGGAAGGAGAGGGGCUGUGUGUUCAUCCCCACCCAUUAGCUAUGCCCUCUUUUCUCCAAAUGUCGAUUUAAGGAAGCAAGCACCUGUCUUCUGCACUGCAUCUUCCUAGCAAACUUUAAAGGCCAUUUUCUCUGAUAGAAAGAGCAUCAAGAAUCCUUCGGUGUCUAGUGAUGAAGAAUCUGGGAGUGGAGACUUUUCCCAUCCAGAUACAAUGCACUUUAAUUGAAGAAAAACUGAGCUGAACUACAAGUCUAUUUCUUAUGGUGCUGGAUUACUCCUAACGAACUGCCCUGAGAUCAGCCGUGAGAGAGGGCUUUGACAGACUCAAGUCACCUUCUGAUUGUUGCACUUAGCUCUCCCUGGGGAUUUACAUUUUGGAAAUACUUCUUUCUACAUGAUACCCUCCAAGAUGAUGAGUUCCAAUCCUGAAGAAGAUCCUUUGGACACAUUUCUCCAGUAUAUUGAGGAUAUGGGGAUGAAGGCAUAUGAUGGCUUGGUUAUUCAGAAUGCAUCCGACAUUGCUCGAGAAAAUGAUCGUUUGAGGAAUGAGACAAAUUUGGCUUACUUAAAGGAGAAGAAUGAAAAACGUCGAAGACAAGAAGAAGCAAUAAAGCGCAUAGGUGGAGAAGUAGGGCGAGGCCACGAAGGAAGUUACGUGGGCAAACACUUCCGCAUGGGAUUCAUGACAAUGCCUGCUCCUCAGGACAGACUUCCCCACCCGUGCCCCAGUGGCUUUUCCGUGAGAUCACAGUCCCUUCACUCAGUCGGGGGCACAGACGAUGACAGCAGCUGUGGCUCCCGGAGACAACCACCACCUAAGCCCAAGCGGGACCCCAGCACCAAGCUGAGCACCUCCUCGGAGACGGUCAACAGCACGGCAGCCAGUAAGAGUGGGAAGCCCCACGAAAGAUCUGAAGUGUCAACUAAACCAAGACCCCACAGCGACGAAUACUCAAAGAAGAUCCCUCCCCCGAAACCCAAACGGAACCCCAACACUCAGCUCAGCACCUCCUUCGACGAGACGUACAUCAGGAAGCACGGGCCGCGGAGGACGUCGCUCACGCGGGACGCGUCCCUGUCGCAGGUGAGCAGCCCCGCGGGAGACCCGGAGGAAGAGGAGCCCGUGUACAUCGAGAUGGUGGGGAACAUCCUCAGAGACUUCAGGAAAGAGGACGACGACCAGAGCGAGGCCGUCUACGAGGAGAUGAAAUACCCCAUCUUCGACGACCUGGGCCAAGACGCCAAGUGCGACUUCGACCAUCACAGCUGUUCUUCGCAGUGUGCUACUCCCACGGUGCCUGACUUGGACUUCGCCAAGUCCUCAGUGCCAUGCACGCCCAAGGGUUUGCUCUGUGACAUCCCGCCGCCCUUCCCCAACUUGCUGUCGCACAGGCCCCCGCUGCUGGUGUUCCCGCCCGCGCCCGUGCACUGCUCCCCCAACUCCGACGAGUCCCCGCUGACGCCCCUGGAGGUCACCAAGCUCCCAGUGCUGGAAAACGUGUCCUACCUGAAGCAGCCGGCCGGGGCGUCGCCGUCCUCCGUGCCGCCGCACGCCUCGGGACACCCCAAACCGGACAAAGACCCGGGCGCAGCGCUCGGACCCGCUUCGGCCACCUCCGUGCUCUCCUCGUCCCCUCCGCCCCCGUCCACGCUCUACCGAACCCAGUCUCCCCACGGCUACCCUAAAAGCCACUCCACCUCGCCCUCGCCGGUCAGCAUGGGCAGGUCCCUGACGCCCCUCAGCCUCAAAAGGCCGCCCCCCUACGACGCCGUGCAUUCGGGCAGCCUCUCCCGGAGCUCCCCCUCAGUGCCUCAUUCGACCCCGAGGCCCCUGUCGCAGGACGGGGCCAAGAUGGUCAGCGCGGCAGUGAGCGCGCACGGGGCGGCCCCCGGCGGCUCCCGCUCGCGAACGCCCACGAGCCCGCUGGAAGAGCUCACGAGCCUCUUUACCUCGGGACGCAGCCUACUGAGGAAGUCGUCCAGCGGCCGGCGCUCCAAGGAGCCCGCAGAGAAAUCGACAGAGGAGCUGAAAGUCCGAAGCCACAGCACGGAGCCAUUACCAAAGUUGGACAGCAAAGAGAGAGGCCACCAUGGGGCAUCUUCAUCCAGAGAGCCUGUCAAAGCUCAGGAAUGGGAUGGAACACCAGGUGCACCUGUAGUCACCAGCCGGCUGGGAAGAUGCUCCGUGAGCCCCACCUUACUGGCAGGAAACCACAGUUCAGAACCUAAAGUGAGCUGCAAAUUAGGCCGGUCUGCGUCCACAUCAGGUGUGCCUCCUCCAUCAGUAACUCCUCUCAGGCAAGCCAGUGACCUGCACCAGAGCCAGGUGGCAUGCAUGCAGUGGUUUCAUGGAGAUCAUACAAUGCUUGAGAUGAUUGAGAAAAAGCGUUGCUUAUGCAAAGAAAUAAAGGCUAGACAGAAAACGGAAAAGGGCCUUUGCAAACAGGAUAGCAUGCCUAUUCUACCCAGCUGGAAGAAGAAUGCAGGUGCAAAGAAAUACAGCCCUCCGCCCUACUCUAAGCAACAAACGGUAUUCUGGGAUACUGCAAUAUGAGGGCGCACAGGCUGCCGGCGCGCCACAGCACUUCAAAUGAAGAGGGAGACUGGCUUGGUCAUGUGACAUCAGUUGUUGCAUAUCUUCUCUGGAAUGCCAUGGGAAGCUGGGCCUACUUGUGGCAAGCUCAAGAUAAAAUACGUAUGUCCUUGUGAUGAAGGCACACUUAUUUAUCUUGGAUUAUUUUGAAUCCAGAAGAUGUUAAAAUGUAAAUAUUUUACUAGUUUAUGGGUGACAUCUGAAAUAAAACACAGUAUACAUGUAUGGAUUACAGAAAUAUCGAGAGUUUACUAUAUGAUAUAAUUUCAUUAUUAACUGGUUUGUUAUCUCUUUUAUAUGUAAUCCCUUGAUGCCUUUUAUUAAUUUUUGCAUUUAAAAUGUUCCCGCCUCCUUGUCUGCACUUGGCUUCUGUUCAAGAGCUCAUGGCUAUCAAUCAUGUUCAGUCACAUAAUAUGUGAUCUGGUGCUAGUAAUGUAGAAGUUGAAUAUCAUAUUUGUUAAAAGUGUUUUUUGAUUUUUAAGUUUUAAGUUUUUAAAGAUUUGAAAGGAAAUAUCUGAAAAGGUGAUAUGGAUAUGGAUGUGCAUAUUAUAUUGACACCAACCUUUUUGUUCCAUUGGCUUUAUAAUAAUUCCUUUUUAAUAUCCUUUUGUUUAUACUAAGCAAUGAUUAGUCAAACUCAAGAGAAAGUUGUUAGGAAACAUUUGAACAUCCCAGCAGAAAUCAUUCCCUUCAGCAAUGACUUUAGGGACACCUGUCCUUGCAACGUUGACCUGAUUGGAGGAGACCAGGGUUCACUGUGACAAUGGAAGGAAUAAGGAAUGAAAAGCUAAGGAGCAUGACUGCUUUCCAGAAGAUGAGGCCAGUGGCCUUGUAGCUGCCACAGUCACUAUUUUAAGUAAAUUUUCAUAAUGCUUCUUUCCCUGAGAAAAUGAGUAAUAAUUAUUCAACCAGACUAGUUUACCUGUUUUUAGUUCACCAUUUGCCACUCUAUCUCAAAAUUUAACUCCAUUAAUGGAAAAGUAUUCUUGUUAGUGUUUUCCAACCAGUUAUCACUGCAAUUUUUGGGUCACAAUUGUCUGUGCAUGAUCAUCAUACCCAUUCUCACUGAUUAUGACACCAUGACCAAAGAAUUAUGACCACUUAUUUAUUUUAUUUUGUUUCAAGGAAGAAACAGGAAAUGCAGGGGUUGGGAUGGGGUAGAUUCACUUUUAUGUGGUGGUGAAAUUUAAGUGAAAAAAGAAGUCAUAUAUAUCUUUUAAGAAUAACUUGUUAGUUGAAUAUAAAUAUUGCCACGGAUGAAUAAAAAAGAAACUAUCACAUAUAUUUUGUAUAUUUAAAUUACUAUUUAUGCUUCCUAAAAUCGACAGUAUGUGGUUCUUUGUAAACAAUCAAUUUAGUAUUAUAUUUCUGAGAGAAAAAGUGUGUGUUUGAAGUAAUUGUCAUAGUGGUUUUCCUUGUAAGGGUAUUGACAGCAAUAGUUCAGUGCUGCUCAAUAGAACCAAAUAUAACAGGAGAUAGGGAAUUUUUGUAAUCUAGCAUACAAACCCAGUAAUACUAUAUCAGUUAUAGUUCCUUUGAAAAGCCUUUGAAAUGUUAUAGAAUAAUUUUUUAAUGUUUUAUAAUUAAUGUAUAUUUUGAUGUCCAAUUUAAAUUCUAACAGAAAAAGGAAAAAGGUAAGUGGGAGCCUCUGUGUGUGUGUGUGUGUGUGUGUUUGUGUGUGUGUGAGAGAGAAUGAGUACUCACUGGGAGAAGAGUAGACAUUAAGUGCUUCCUGAAGUUAAAAAGCAGGAAAACGUAAAGCAAUCUCUAGUAGUUUCAAUGAAUCCUACUGCCAUGUUUCGUCACCCAUAGCUGAGGUUACAUUUCAAACACAGCAAUCAGAGGAGCACGAGUCUAAGAGUGAUGAAAAUGUGCUUAGAUACAAAGAAAAAUUGAAACAAAAUGUGUUAUGACCCAGGUUGGUAUCCGAAUGUAAGUUGUGACCACAUAAACUCAUUCCAGUCAGUCAGCCACAAGAUAUCAGCUCCCAGCAUCUUUAUGAACUUGAUAUCCGUAGAGCCAGGUUCAGUAUGGUUGUGAUCAUCCCUCUCUUAAAAGUUAUAUUCCAGCAACAUCUUUGCAUGGAACGCUGCAAGUGUGUUUUCCAGAUGCUGGUCUUUCCCGUAUCUCUCUGAAUGGGCAGAAGACUUUUUUUAAUGCUGGCCACAAGGAAACAGAGGUACUAAAAUUGUGUUGGAUUCAGUCAUUCUUAUCCAUUCUAACUCACACUAUUGCAGGGUUUUGUGCACUCCUUUUUCUGAUGCAUUAUUUUCUGAGGAGUUAACUUAUUUGAAAAUUUGUCUGAAGGCAAUGAUUUCCAUUUAUUCCUUCAAAUUUCUCCUUUAAAGGGAAGAAGUACAACUAUGUGGGAAAGUGGCUUUACUGAGAUUUAAC